UAAUGCACCUUAGGUUGAGUUGCAAACCGCCAGUAAACACCAAAAGAAGAAGCUGAUGUUUUUACUCGUGAACAUAUGUUAGUUUACUCACAGUCAGAUAUUUAAAGUCUGUUUUUUUUUAGCUGCCUUCGAUUUUAUUCAUAACAAUCUAGCUAGCUAACAUUACUGUACCUUCUUGAUCCGCUCAUCUAUAUUCAUGUUCACUAACCGAACUAAAGCGAAAGUGAAAGAUAGCAGCAGUCCUCGUCACAGAAAGAAUGGCUGACCAGACACUUGAGUAUUUCUUGAGUCAGGGUCUGAUAAAGAAAAGGGACGCUGCUGAGGUUAGGUGGUCACACGCUGUCAACUCCAGGAACAAGCUGACAGAGGCUCUUGCAGGUCCCACUCAUAUGAUUGAAGCUGACAUAAGUUUGAGCAGUCAUGAUUCCAAAGAGCCAAUCAUGGCACAUCCCCCCACCACAGACAGCGACAUCACACUGAAAGAGUGGCUGGAACGAGUGAAAGUGCACAACAAGGGAAUAAAACUAGACUUUAAGAGUCUGGAAGCAGUGUCUCCAUCUGUGCUUCUGCUGGAGGAAGUGCUGCCUGAUCUGGGCUGUCCUGUGUGGAUCAAUGCAGAUAUUUUCCCUGGUCCUGGGGGACAGGCAAGACCUCUGGACCCUCAGGCUUUUCUUUCGGCUGUGAGAACUCUUCCCACUUGCAUGGUGCUCUCUCUUGGCUGGACUACAGGAUGGACUGCUGAGACAGAUAAUCCAGGUUACAGCUGGGAUAUGGUGCAUGGGAUGGAGGACAUAUCUAGAACCCUUGAACAUCCAGUCACCUUCCCAGUGCGUGCAGCUCUCCUGGCCCAGUCUUUCUCCCAGCUCACAUGGCUUCUGCAGCAAUCAGACAGGUACACUCUAACUGUGUGGACAGGCCAGAAUGACAAGUUAACACUACAAGACUUACUGCUCUACAGAAAAGUGUUUGAUACCAGUAGGAUCUACUAUGACCUGCCAGAAUCCCAAAGGACAGAGCUUAUUAUGGCAUUGCAAAAGUAACUUAAAGUCCACCAAAAACACAUAUUGAGAAGUUGUUUGGCUGUUCUCAACUCUGACAGUACACCCAUGCCCCCAGGUGGAGAGACAGAAGUGAAACCUGUGAUCCAUUGCCAUCAUCAAUAUCAUAAUGUCUCAUUGUAAAAGUAAUGCCUAACAGUUCCAAGUCCUGCAAUUAAAAUUGUGCUUAAGUAACUUACCAGGCUGAAAAGCAGUGUUUGGAUGACCCUUCUUGUUUUUCAAUUUUGAACACAACAUCACACUUGGGGUUAUUGGGUGUGGUCAGAAAUGUAACCAUAUCCAACAGUGAUUCCUGGAUUACACCUGCAAAAAAAGUGAAAAGGUCAGUAAAGAAGAGAUUCAUAGGGGGUAAGUUACUCUUUAAAAUAUCAAAAGUAAAAGUAUUUGUUAUGUUCAUUAGGCACAAAACAUUUAGCAGUUUAAUCUAGCUGUACCACAUUUUAAAUUGCUA